UUACGUACGACACUUGUACGACCUAAAAAUUACGUAACAUUAUUCAUCUUUUUUGAGAAUCGAAUUCGCAUCUAAUGAGUCAGUAUUCGUGUUACAUGCAAGAGUCUAUUCAGAAAGGUAUAUAAAGUAUUUAAAUACCCUCAAACUUCCUUGAAUUAAUUUUUUUUUUUCACUUUGACGCGUACUAUAAUAUUAUUCCAUACUCUUCCUCAUAAUUCUUAAUUUUUUUUUUCUCUUUGACGCGUACUAUACUUCGUAGAAAUAAUAAUCUUAAAUUUUUCUAAUAACUAUGGAAACCGUAACCUUAAAUAGAUUGAUUCAACAAGACUCUAAGUUCGCCAAACCCUUUGAAGAUAAAUGUGUUGAGAAUAAGAGACUUAUUAAAACCCUCAAGCAAAACAUUUAUGACCAAGACUUUAAUGAAUGUACGAAAUCCUUGAAAGAUCUAAAAGACAACACAAAACAGGUUAUCAAUAUAAUGGAACAACAAAGAGUUGUUAGUAAUGAUCUCAUUGACUUAUCAAAAAGGUUACUUAACAAACUAGAAAUAAAAAAUGCUUUGAGUGAGUACAGAGAUUGGAUCUCCUUUUUCAAUAAACGUUUGAGAGGUCAGGUGGGCGACUUUAAUGUAUGGAGUAAAGCACAGUCGGCAAUCUACAACAAAGUAGAAAAUUCAAUAGCCAAUUAUUCUACCUCUGAGAGAGAUUAUGUUUUACAAUUAGAAACUGUACUAACUAACGUUCAUAUGACACUUGAGGAGUAUGAAAUAUUGAUACUAGUGAAAUUCAAAAGUAAUUGCGAAUUUCACGGGGAUAGAUCCAAAACACGAACAGAGGCAAAAGAAAAAUUAAAUUCAUUUCCUAAUAACAUGGAAGGCUUUAAAAAUGCUCUAGAAAAACUUUUCGUGGCUCUUGAUCUCUGUGAUAACGUUUUUUAGAAUCAAACCGACAAACAUGCUCUGUUUUAUACUGUUCAUUUGAUUAAUUGAUAUUGAUGGCGGUAGAUUUGCACAAGGUGGAGGAAAGGUUUCGCAAAAUUUUUUCGACAAAUGGUCACGCACACAUGAUUUUUUUUCAUCAGAAUAUAGCUAGUUCAUUCCUAAC